CCCUAGCUUGAGGUGACGGCGGGAGCCAAGGCGGGGGCCCAAAGCUCUGAGGCUGAGGGACCCGCCACGGCUCCGUCGUCCGAGAGGCAGGGCCUGCUGCCGUCGGACGGAGCCUCUGGACUCCCAGGUUCCUGGCCAGGGAGGAGGAGGAGGAGACGAGGUCUAUCUGCCAGGGCAGAGCGUGCGUGGCCCGGGGGCCAGGCUGUUGGUCCCGGGAUGCCCCAGCCCCAGCCCAGUGAGCAGGAGGGUGAGAGCAUGAAGGCCAGCCAGGAGCCAACUCCCCAGCCUGGCACAGACGUGGUCCCAGCAGCCCCCAAGAAGCCCAGAAAAUUCUCCAAGCUGGUCCUGCUCACAGCCUCCAAAGACAGCGCCAAAGUGGCUGGGGCCAAGCGCAGAGGAGUGCACUGCAUCAUGUCCCUGGGAGUGCCGGGCCCAGCCACCUUGGCUAAGGCCCUCCUCAAGACUCAUCCUGAGGCUCAGCGGGCCAUUGAAGCAACUCCCCCGGAGCCCGAGCAGAAGCGCUGCAAGCCGAACCCGGAUACAGAUGGUCCAGAGGACAAUGGAGGAUCAGGGGUGUCUUCUUCAAGUCCAGAAGAGACUGAAGAGACCGUUGUGCUCCCCAAGGCCCCCAGCACUUCCCCAUAACCUUGGCAACUGCUGCUGCAUACAUUACUUUUAUAAGUAAGAAAAAAAAAGAGAGAAAAUAAAAUAAGCUAUGUGCUAUU